GGGUAUAGAAAGACUCAUCAAGUCCCAACGGUCGAAAAUGCUUUUAAAAGAAUAAGCACUUAAGGCAGCUAAGAUUGACGUUACUUUUUUGGAAAAAAACCUAUGCAUAUUAUUUCUUCUUCAGAGCUCCAUUUUCAGAUUCUCAAAAGCUCUGUCCAAAUCUCAAUCAUCAUAAUACUUAUCAUUAUCGAUAACCCAAUUCAGAAUUACAUUGUUAUUGUUUUUUUUCUUUUUCUUUAAUUCCUAUUGAUUUUUCUCUUUCAUUUUUUUUGCAGAUUGGUUUAGAAAUGGACCCAGAAAACAUCGAUUGGAAUAGCAUCGAAUCCGUGUUCGUUGAAGAUGGUACGUACGAGAACAUCAAAGCUCCCAAAUGGGUUGACUUGUCUGCUCCAGAUGAGCUUGUGGAAGAUGAUGAAGCUUGGUUCUGCAAUUCGAAUUGUAAGCAUCCCAAGACUGUUGAAGAUUUUUCUAAACAAACACAAAAUUCCAAGGUCAAGUUUUUAAGGUCUCUAUCGGUUUCUGAAGCUCUUCCAUUUAGGGCUAGAAAUCAAAGAGAUGUUAUGAAAACAAAGUCCCAGAAAACAAAAGGUUUCAAUUUUCCCGGAAAGUUCGAAGAAAACAGUGAGAACAGUAAUCCAAACAUUUCGCAUCCACUGCCAUUUGGGAAAUGGAAUGUGAAGAAGAACAAGCAAGAGGAAAAUUUGCCAGAAAACUCAUCAAAAGCGAAAGGAACUCCUGGGCUAAAGAGUACAUUUUCGGCGCGUGAUUUGUUUGGAGGGCGGGAUUUAAUGAAUCAGAUCACAGAGUUGUGCUCGGAGAUCAAGAAGUUUGCGAGAAAAGGUUCGAAGAAAGGUGGAGUUUUGGAUGAACUGAAACAGAGGGUUAGGGACAGAGAGAGGAAGCCUUUGAUUGUUAAAGAAAAGUAAUGGAACAAAAAGCAAAACCAUGAACAUAGGAUAAUAAUAAUAAUAAUGAUGGUGAUUUAAUUUCGUAGUAAUGGGCAUCAAUCAAAUUUUGAGACUUGAAAGAUUAUAAUAAUGAUGAUUUUUUUAUAUGUAUCGACUGUAAAUUACUCCACACGUUACAGUUUUGGGGAUAUUUGUGUAUGUGUAUAAAUAAAUUUGAAAUGUGAAAGAAAAUUUCUUUGAA